CCUCUUUCUAAAACUAGGUUGUCUUUCUUGAAAAAUCGAACUCUCCUGUGUUAUGAGAUUGCACUUUGUGAACUUCCGGUAGGUACAAAGUUCCGAGUGAUCUCUGGAUUCAAGUAGAUAUAUCAGUUUAUGAUGGGGAAAUUAUAUUGCUGUGCUACAAACUGUCAUAAUUACAGCGGGAAAAGUGUUAACAACCGAAAGGUGACUUUGCAUAGAUUUCCUGUCAAUAAAAGACACAAAGGUAUAUGGAAAAAUCGUAUCUGCCGCAAGAACUGGAAACCAACGAGUUGUUCAAGACUGUGUUCCGAGCAUUUCGUCUCUCUCUCUGGUCCCACAAAGGAACACCCAUUGCCAUCUAUCUUUCACCACAAAGUAUUUAAGACUACAAACUUUGACCACACACCAGAAGUUUUGAAAGAAGUAGUCGAUAAUCAACAAGAACAUAUUAAAGAUGGGUCAGGUUCAGAGACUUCGCAGUCAGAUUCUGCUGAAACAUCGAGCUUCAAAGUUAAUUCAAACCAAUCAGUGUUGGACACAUCGAUACUAUUGCAUGAUUACUGUGGCUACAUUGACACAUCAACCUUAUCCCAGCCGAAGAAUAAAUUCACACAAACUGAUGUUCUACAGAAUAAAAGUGUUGGGAUUCAGAAAAGUGAAAGUUACAGUGAUGUUUCUGAAAAUAAUGAUGUUUCUUCAAAUAUUACAUGUGAUAAAACAACAAGUACAACCUUUAUACCCUUUUUAACCAUCGAGGACAUAAAACAGGACAUCUCAUUUUACACUGGUUUACCUAACAAAGAAACCUUUUAUUUAUUGUUUGAACACCUAUCCGUCUAUUAUAAAUGUGAAGUUUCUGACGUUCUCGGAGGAAGACCAAGAAAACUAAGAGAAGUUGAUGAAUUUUUGAUGGUUUUAAUGCGUUUAAGACUAGGACUCUUAAUUCAAGAUUUGGCUCAAAGAUUCAACAUAUCUCCAUCAACCUGCAGUAAAAUAUUUAAUGAAUGGCUAAACUUGAUGUAUGAACAUCUAGAAUUUUUAGUAGCAUGGCCAGACCGAAAUGUCAUCAAAGAAAAUAUGCCCGACAGCUUUAAACGAAGAUACCCAAAUUGCCGUGUCAUAAUAGACUGCACGGAGAUCUACACGGAAACACCUCAAUCAUUAUCCAACAAAGGAAGAAUGUAUUCAGACUAUUAAUCACACACGACUUGGAAAGUCCUUAUUGGAAUCAGCCUUAAUGGUGUUAUUACACAUGUGUCGGAUUUAUGGACUGGGAGCACAUCUGACAAGCAAGUAACCAAGUUAUCAAAACUUAUUGAAAAAUGUGAACCUGGAGAUGCAAUAAUGGGUGACAAGGGAUUCCUUAUAGCUGAUCUGUGCACUCCAAAUGGAAUCCAUCUCAUAAUACCUCCUUUAAAGAAACAUGGACGGCUAACAAAAUGUGAAGUAGAAAAAACCAGAAGGAUUGCGAAUUUAAGAAUUCAUGUGGAACGAGCAAUAGAGCGAAUUAAAAAUUUUAGAAUUAUUCAAGGUGUAGUUCCAAUAUCACUUCAUGACAAGAUGUCCAAAAUAGUGUUCGUUGUUUGUGCUCUUUGUAAUCUCAUGCCACCUCUUAUUCAAUCAUAGUACAGGGCAGUCAAUCUACAUAUAUCUCAUUUGGUUCCUCUAUAGUAUUAUACUAAAUGUCAUGAAUUUUCCUAAUCUAAAGAAAUCCCGACUCCAAGCAAAUAUGUAGUGACUGCAAUGUUAUUAUGAUUUCACUGUUUUAUGAAUAUGUCUAUUCCUUAAGAAUAUGAAAUAAAUAAUAAUUCCAUGUAUAAUUGUUUUAUUUUCAUCAAACAUGAUCACAAUUUAAAAUAAUGAAUACAAUUUGCAAAAUUUUGAAAUAUCUCAUUUGCAAGGUAGAUUCAAUGUUUUAUUGCAAUUUCUUUAACAUACAAAUAAUAUACAUUAUUACCAGUACAUAAAUCUUUGAUUGUUACAUAAAUCUUUGAUUGUUGUCGUGCUAAGAUUUUAGUGUUAACAGAGUUUUUCUUAAAGCUGCUUGGUCCGAUUUUUUGUCAUUACAGUAUCAAAUAUUUUUUUCAUAAAAGCCGUUUAUCUUAGAAAGUUAUGGACUUUCUCCUAUUUACACCAGCAGAAUCGGUCUCCUUUCAAAGUUACAAAUAUUCAAAGUAAAUAAAAUUAAUUUCUUAUUGGGCAAACGAAAAAACAAACCGAAAUGCAUCAUGGAAUGUUGAGAAAAGGGAACUGUUUGGUUUCGUCCCCAAAAUGAUUGGAGUUAUACAACCCACGUGCUAUGCAUCGAUUGUAAACAAAGCAACCCUUAGAAUUAUUAGCAAACAAAACGUACACAGGUUUAUUUGUAAUAUCCCUGAACAUUAUGACCUUUAUUUAUAGCGAUGUCAUAGCCGUAAUACAACCAUACCCGUCCUGACGUCAGGGGUGAAUUUUAGCAUGAGGCGAAAUAACCCGAUACCCUUUUAUGUCUUAUGUUUUGUUAACAAAUUUUGUACAUAUUUUUUUUUCAUUGAAAUUUGGCUUAAUUGACUGGGAAAACUACUGCAAUGUGUAUUAUUAUACAUAUACUUAGCAUAACCAUCGUUUAAAAACGUGCACAAAAUUUGAUACAACAUCGGACCGAGCAGCUUUAAUGCAUCAUUUGAGAACAGAAUUAAAAAAUCUUUACCCAUCACUAUAGUGUUGUAUAUUAAAUGCAUUGAAAAAAUACACAACACCCAAGAAAAACCUUACUAGCUUGCAUAUGGGUUAAAAAAAUGGAUUAACUGUCAUGGCCCAGUGUUUACAAUUUAAGACCCCGUUUAACUCUGUCUGAAAAAAGUUCAGGUAACACUGCAGAGCAAAAAAAAGUAUUCAAUUUUGGUAACAUAACAUUUUCCCAAAGUUCUUCAUCAUAGAAAAUUGUUUCAAAUUCUAGACCUUUAUUUGUCCAUACAAUAAAGUGUUUAUUUCCAAAAGUUGGUUGCCGACACUUUUUUAAAAAUUCAAUCAGUUGUUUUUUUGUCAUUUUAUCAAAAGACUCCAUAUUCUGUUUUUUGUAUACACGUACACUGAAUGGCGCCAGCAACUUUACCUACCGGAAGUAAGUACCUCCAAUAUUGGAGAGUCAAAUAGGGGAAGUAACUAGGUUAUCGA